AGCGAGUGCUGCUGCAGAGAAAUCUGGGUACACUGGUCUCACUAAUGAACAGUGGACUGCAUUGAUCAAGCUCUUGGAUGUUCAGAAACAAGGAACUGCACCUCGUCUAAACGGACCGUUUGACGAAGAGCCUCAGUGGCGCGGGUGAGCUUCGAGACGGCUUGUACUUCUUUCGGCGUGUGACAACUUUUACUGCUUUACGUAUGAAUAAAGAUGGAGCUGAAGAUGUUUGGCAUCAACGGCUAGGACACCCGUCAAAUCGAGUUUUUGAUUUGCUUCCUUCUAUUGGUACUAGAGUUAAAGAUUUUUCGACUUGUGAUACUUGUCUUCAAGCCAAACAAUGUCGUGAUGUUUUUCAUUCAAGUGAUAAUAAAAGUAAUGGGAUUUUUGAUAUGAUUCAUUGUGACUUAUGGGGGCCUUACAGAACUCCAACAAUGUGUAAUUCUUACUACUUUUUGACAAUCGUCGACGAUCAUUCUCGUGGCUUAUGGGUUUAUCUUCUUCAUGAUAAAAGACAAGUCGGUCAAACUCUCAGAUAUUUUAUGGCAUUUGUUUUGCGAAAAUUUGAGAAGAAUAUCAAGAUAGUAAGAAGUGAUAACGGCAUAGAAUUUACAUGUCUCUCGGCUGAAUUUCGAGAAAAGGGAAUUUUGCAUCAGACAUCUUGUGUUGGAACUCCACAACAAAAUGGAAGAGUUGAACGUAAGCAUCGUCACAUUUUAAAUGUAGCUCGUGCUCUUCUCUUUCAAUCCUCUCUACCUGUUAAAUUUUGGGGAGAAACGAUCCUUACUGCAACAUAUCUCAUUAACAUAACUCCGUCAAGUGUUUUGAAUGGAAAAACGCCAUAUGAAUUUCUAUAUGGUUCACCUCCGUCGUAUGACAACUUGCGUGUUUUUGGUUGUUUGGCUUUCGCACAUAACCAGAAAAGGAACAAUGAUAAAUUCAGUUCUAGAAGCCGGCGUUGCAUUUUUGUUGGAUAUCCAUAUGGUAAAAAGGGUUGGAAUUUAUUUGAUCUUGAUACAAAACAUAUAUUCUCCUCUUGAGAUGUUGUGUUUGUUGAAGUCACAUUUCCUUUCCAAAUUCCGUCACUUGGCGAUGGAGAACCAUGUGAUGUCGUUGAUGGGAUUUAUUUAAUGAUUUUGCAACAGAGGUUACACCGGUUGCAGAGACCUCCUCACUGCCAGUUGCAGAGACCUCCUCACUGCCAGUUGCAGAGACAACACCAUUGUUGAUUGGCGAGACCACACCACUGCCGAUUGCAGAGAUUUCACCACCGCCAGCUGUAGACAACUUGAUUUCAGCUGAUCAACAUGGUAAAGUUGUUGUGCUUUUUAGUCCGUCUGUUGUUUCUCCUGUGAAAGAAAGUUCAUCUUCUACCACCACUUCUGAUAUCGAAGAAAUAGCAAAUGAAAACAGAGUUGAAGAUUUGGGUCGUGGGUGCCGGGAAAAACGCAAACCAGCUAAGUUGCAAGAUUAUGUGCUACAAACAAUUCCCCUCGAUGGUUUUAAGGGUGUGGAGAUUAAUUCAAUCGAUAUUGAAACAGAACCAUUCGACUGCAUCUAUCCAAUUUCGGAAUAUGUUGCCUAUGAAAAUUUCUCUCCUUCACAUCGAGCUUUCUUAGCCUCCAUUACUGCUGGUGUUGAACCCAGAUUCUUUCGGGUUGCCGUCGCUGAGAAAGUGUGGAGAGAUGCUAUGCGUAAGGAGGUCGAUGCUCUUGAGAUUACUAAAACAUGGGUUUUAACGCAUUUGCCUCCUGGGAAGCAUGUCAUCGGCAGUCAAUGGGUCUUCCGAAUUAAAUAUCGUGCUGAUGGCAAUAUCGAAAGAUACAAAGCCCGCUUAGUAGCACUUGGGAAUAAGCAGAUUGAAGGAGUAGAUUACAAGGACACCUUUUCUCCAGUUAUUAAAAUGACUACUGUUCGUGCGUUUCUCGGUGUUGCUUCGGUUCGAGGUUGGGAGUUACAUCAGAUGGAUGUACAUAACGCCUUUUUACAUGGCGAUCUUGACGAAGAGGUGUAUAUGACACCGCCACCUGGUUUCCGCACUGAUGACAAGACUCUUGUUUGUCGGCUUAAGAAAUCUCUUGUUUGUCGACGAGAAGGACUCUUUCUUAGUCAAAGAAAGCACGCUCUGGAUAUUAUAAGUGAAGCUGGCUUACUUGGAUCCAAACCAGCUGACUCUCCAAUGGAACAACAACAUAAUCUGGCCAUGAGCAAGAGUGCUCUCUUAGCUGAUCCUCAACGCUAUAGACGUCUUGUUGGGAGGUUAAUAUAUCUUGCAGCGACUCGUCCGGACCUUGCUUAUAGUGUCCACAUUCUCACACAGUUUAUGCAACAACCACGUGUUGAUCACUGGACAGCUGCGUUGCGGGUCGUUCACUACUUGAAAGGAAAUGCUGGGCAAGGUAUUUUCUUAAACUCGGACUGUGAUUUAAAACUCCAUGGGUGGUGUGACUCUGAUUACGCGGGGUGUCGUCUGACUCGAUGUUCUCUUAGUGGUUGGUUUAUCACUCUCGGCACCUCUCCCAUCUCAUGAAAACGAAGAAACAAAAAGUUGUGUCUCGAUCAUCUGUUGAGGCUGAGUACCGUUGUAUGUCCAAGACCGUUGACGAGUUGAUUUGGCUACGUGCGCUUCUGGCUGAUCUUGGUGUUAAACAACAUGAAACUACUGCCUUACAUUGUGAUAGCCAAGUUGCAUUACACAUAGCCGCGAAUCCUGUUUUUCACGAACGCACACAACACAUAGAAGUUGAUUGUCACAACGUUCGUAAUGCUAUUCUGGAUGGUGUGAUCUGCACCAAGAAAGUUCAUACUACGGAGCAGCUCGCCGAUGUGCUCACCAAGGCACUUGGUUGUGGUCCUUUUCAAUCAAUGCUCUGCAAGUUGGGCAUUAGAAAUCCCCAUGCUCCAACUUGAGUGGGGGUGUUAAGCUUAGCACUCUCAGCUUAGUAUUCUUCUCUCUCAUAUCUCAUUUACUACUUGUAUAUUCGACUACCAUCUCUACAUAGUCUGUAUAUUCUUAGUUUCCUUUUCCUGCAUCUAGGUUUGCUAUAUAAUGUAAAGGCUACACAUGAAUAAGAUUAUCACAAAUUUUCCAGCCUUCUUCGUCUUGUUCAAGUUUGCAUUAGUUUUGAAUUUUUGUUUGUUUUGGGGCUUUGGGGUUUUUGCAGCUGCCAUAAGAGCAUCUUCAUUGGUUGCAUUUAAGCAAAAUUGCUAAAAAUAUUAAUUUUGAAUAAAAGUGAAUAAAAGUGAAGUUAACAAAUUUCUUAAAAAACAUUCUAUUUUAUGGUCCAUUUGUAGUAUCUAAAAUUGUGGUCCUUAAUUUAAAUUGUUGGUUGUGGUUUGACUAGUUAAAAGAUCCAUAAAACCAGAA